UCCCCCUGGCCGCCUGUUGCUAGGCAGGCCCGGACGCAGCUGCUUUGGUUUCCUUCGUGCGCGGAGGCCGCCGGUGGCGGUGGCACGCGGCGCGGCGGUCCGCCCGCCCCUGCUAUGGAGGAUGACAAGAAAAGAACCAAAGAAGAUACCUGGAAAUCAGAAGAACUUAGGAAACACCUCAGGGCAUCACAACCAGGUAGUCAAAAUGAAGACCAAAGGCACAAAGAAAAAAAACUGCACAAAGAGAAGUCUGUUCAUGACACAGGCACUCAUAAACAUGAACACAGAGACAGAGGAAAGAGUAAGGAAAGAACGAGAGAGAGAUUUAAGUCAAGUGAAAGAGACAGGGAUAAAAUGAGAGAGAGAGAAAGGGGAAAAGAGCACCACAGAGAAGGUGGCCAAGAGCGACACAAAGAUAAGCAUCGAGAGUCAAGUUUACAGAAGGAGACAUACAGUAUUCCAAAAGAUCAGGACAGGGAGAGCAACAGAGAACGAGACAGAAUGCAUAAAAGAUAUGAGAUGAAGCAAACAGAUAUACAAAAUAAACUGAAGUUGUUUGAAGGAAAAGAUAAAGAACAUCACAGAAGAAGAGAAAGUAGACAUCAUUUCGAGGAGGAAAAAAUAAGAAGUGAAGAACGAGAAAGAAGAAGGCAUACAGAAAAGAAGGAUGAUGGUGGCAAAAAGAGCAUUGACAAAUUAUUAGCCUACAAAGUUGACGAAUCUGAACAUGUACACAAGUUACAGAAAGAUCAAGAGUUGGAUAAAGAAAGAGAAAGAAGACACAGAGAAAAAAAAGAGCAUUCUGCUAGGCCAGGAAAAGAGAGAAGUCAUAAACAUGAUGAAAAGGAUUUGGAAGAAAAAUAUAAGUCAAAGAGAUCUGAAAAGGGAUCUUCCCAUGGAGACAGAGAAGGGCAACCAGCAGAAGCUAAUGAGAGAUUAAAAAGUAGAGAAAAUGAAAGAAAGAAGCGUGAUCUAGAGAGCAGUGGUUACAAAAAAGAGUACAAGAUUCAAGAAGAGAUGAGCCAUCAGCAUGUAAGGACUGUAAAAGAUAAUGGAAAAUUCAUUGAGAAAGAGGAAAAGGACACAAAUCAAGAGGACAAGAAAGAUACAAGCAUCUAUAAUUCAGACAUGGGAUAUGAUAACUUUUCAGCUAAUUAUGAAGACGAUUUUGAAGAUUAUGAAGAUGAUUUUGAUGAUGAUGAUGAUGAAGGCAACAAUGAUGAAGAAGGAGAUGCAGAAGAAAACCAAAGAGAGAUUCCUUUUUCCAGAACAUCAGAAAUUGAAGAAAUUCAAAGAGCAAUUAGUGCAGAAAAUGAUAGAGUUUUUACCUCACUGCCAAAAAAACCUGAAAAUGAAAAAGAGAAACCAACUAUGGAAAGGCAAUACCCUUCUGUCAGAAGCUCUUUUUGUGGGAUAUUCAUGGAUUUUCAAAUGGCACACCAACGACAAAGUAGCCGAAUUAUGGCUAGUAAGCAGAAAAAACGGUGUUCAGAACUUCUCCCACUAAUUGAUCUGGACUUCUCAGUUAGUUUUCCUUUGUUGGAUUUGCCUCCCGUUAAUGAGUACGACAUGUAUAUCAGGAAUUUUGGGAAAAUGAACACUAAACAGGCCUAUGUUCAGUGUAAUGAGGACAAUCUUGAGAGAGACAUUCAGACUGAGGAAGUUGAGACUCUGGAGAAAUGGACACAGCAUCCAGGAGAAGGUGCCCUUGUGUCUGGAGGCUCCAUGGACAGCCAGGAUAUGCCAGUGAAUGGAACUCUAACACCUAAAAUUGAUUCGCAAAGAUUAGCAAAUUUCCUCCAGUCUGCUUGCCAGGUGAUUGCUGUUUUGCUAGAGGAAGAUCAAGUUGCAACAGAGCCCGGGUGGAAACGAAGAUCUCAGCAAACCAGUCUGUCUAUUAGUGACAGCUGUUUCCAAUUAAAUACUAAUCAGCCAUUCCUCCAUGACCGAAAAAUAUCCUGCCUGUACGGCUCUCAAGUGCAGAGGCAGACACUACUUUCUGUUCAUGGAUUACCUGAGAAGGCAGGUGUUGAUUUACUGAACAGAAAGAGCAUCAUAUGUGUUUGGAAUAUCUGGCAGCCCUCCAGUCCACAGAAAGUUCUAAUAUGUGACUCAGAGGUGGUAUGUUGCUGUUUUAGUCCCAGUAAAACACCAUUAGUUUUUGCUGGAACGGUAGAUGGUUCAUUGUUGGUGUGGGAUCUUCGAGAAGACUCAAGAAUGCAUCCUCAUGUGAUGAUGAGUGAAAAUGACUGGACAUUUAGAGUUCCAACAUUUUCCACUGAUGGCAUUCUAAACUCAGUAAACCACACCUCUCCUAUACUGGCAGUGGAACCUGUCUCAACCUCUCUCUACACUGAUCAUAAUUAUGGGCUUUCCAGUCUCUCUUAUCAGGAGGAAAUGUCUGUCCCUCCCUUUCAGAUAGCAUCAAUGGAUGAAAAUGGAAUCCUCAAUAUGUGGGUAGUUGUUGAAUUACAAAAAGUGGAUUUAGCUGGUUCACAGACUGAUUUAGGUCUAAUUCCUGGAGGGAAAGUGAAGUUAGUGCAUAGCUCUACUGUGCAACUGAAUAACAGCCUCUUCCCAAAGGAUGUGCGCCAGAGAAUACCCCAGACACUGACGGUUAAAUUCCUGCCUUCUAAUCCUAAUCAUUUCAUUGUUGGAACAAACAUUGGGCUGGUAGGCCAUGGUACAAGAGAUGAUUUUAAAGUUUUUCCAAAGCUAUUUAGACCUCAAGAAAGUGGACUGAGAUCAAUAAGUAUCAAUGCCAUUGAUUUCUUCCCUUUUGGAAAACCACUAUUUCUGGUUGGCUGUUCAGAUGGGAGCAUUAGAUUACACCAAAUGACAUCGGAGUACCCACUCAUGCAGUGGAAUGACAGCACAAAUGGCCAGGCAAUCAUUGCCCUGCAGUGGGCUUUAACCAGACCUGCUGUGUUUUUUGUCCUGGAUGCAUCAUCUAAUAUUUACAUUUGGGACCUUCUGGAAAAUGAUCUGUUGCCUGUGGCAAAGCAGACUUUUCCAUCAGAGAACAUUGUAAGUAUGACUCUACUGGGAGAACCAGAAAAAACAAAUGGAUUGCUGGGCAUCGUGCUGGCCAAAGAAUCUGGGCAGAUUGACAUUCAGUACAUAAAGAAGAAGUGGGCAUUGCCUCAGCCUAAUGAAUCUGAAAAGCUACAUCUGAUAUUAUUGCAGGCUGUUUAGAAGCAAUGCAUCUGCCUGGGUGUACAAGUUAGGGCAAAAUACUUAGAUUCUUUUCCACUGCAAUUAGAAGAUUUGUCAUUUGGAUUGGUGUGUAACUUUCAUGUAUUUUACAGACUAUCAGUACAGUAUUUCAGUUAUAUAUUUUACCAAAUGUAGUAUUGUUAUAAUGAAGAAGAGGCUGAACUGUAUUUCAUUAUUGAAUGUAUUCUAGAUGUAUAUAUUUUUUUAAA